AGCGAUUACGGUGUCAGUCAGAACAGAACGUGUGUGAAAACGGUUGAAUCUCAAACGGUCUAUACUGCUUUAAUCCUAAAUGCUUCAGCCUUAGAACAAACAUAGAACUCCUUAUUAAAUAAGGAGAGUACGAAUUUGACGAUUCCCGUCAAAGAAAGUGAGGAUUUGAAACAAAACACUGAGCUAUUUCCUCUUCUGUCGUGUCUCGCACUUCCUGCUUCUCUUUGUUUACUUACGCUCGACUGCACAGCGACGUCGCUGUAUGUGAAUAAACGAGAAGGUGAUUAAAAAAAGAAAGGAACAGAGAUAGCAAGCGGGGCUCAUCUAGUCCUUCUUAUCCGUCUACACGUCUGCUGUGUCCAGCUGGACCAGGAGUGAGAGUCUAAUGCCCCCGGAGGAUGAGCCCGGCCAUCGAAGGGAUGCAGACAGAGCAGCAGAGGUUUUUGGGCAAAGGAGUGCUGCUUGAGCCCUUUGUACAUCAGGUGGGGGGACACUCGUGUGUGCUCCGCUUCGGCGAGCAGACGAUAUGCAAGCCUCUCAUCCCCCGGGAGCACCAGUUUUACAGAAGCCUCCCUGCGGCUAUGCGGAAGUUUACACCGCAGUAUAGAGGUGUGGUGUCGGUAAGUUUCGAGGAGGAUGAGGAAAGGAAUUUGUGUCUUAUUGCAUACCCUCUGCACAGUGAGCUUGGGGACCUGGAAAACAUGAAUCCCUCGGCCGAUCUGGAGCCCAAAAACAAGAAGAAGAAGUGGGUCAGCAAGAUGCUGCUGGACAAUGAGAGCUACAGCAAGGACAGACCCAGACAUGGGCGCAAGGAUAAGGACAAGAGUGUGAAACGUGAGGAGGAGCUGGAGUGGCUCCAGCAGGCUGAAGUACUCUAUUACAGCCUGGAGAGGAGCAAUGCUGCUGGCCUUCAGCUCAAGCACAACCCCUGGAGCCUCAGGUGCCACCAGCAACACUUGCAGAGGAUGAAGGAGAAUGCGAAACAUCGCAACCAAUACAAAUUCAUUCUGUUGGAGAACCUUACGUGGCGCUAUACAGUUCCAUGUGUGCUUGAUCUCAAGAUGGGCACGAGGCAGCACGGGGACGACGCGUCCGAGGAAAAGAAGGCAGUGCAGAUCCGAAAAUGUCAGCAGAGCACAUCAGCCAGCAUCGGAGUCCGCCUCUGUGGCAUGCAGGUCUACCAUUCAGACACGGGGCAGCUCAUGUUCAUGAACAAGUACCACGGCCGUAAGCUGACACUGUCUGGCUUCAAAGAGGCCAUUUUUCAGUUUUUCCACGAUGGGAGAUGCUUAAGGCGGGAGCUUCUGUCGCCGGUGUUGCGGAGACUGCGAGAGAUGCAAGCAGCCCUGGAGGACUGCGAAAGCUACCGAUUUUACUCCAGCUCGCUCCUCAUAAUCUACGACGGAGACCCUCCGCGAUCCCGCCGCUCCCCGGAGGACGGGCUAUCAGAAGAGGAGGAAGAGGAAGAAGAUGAGGAGGAUGAAGAAGAGGAGGAGGGUGGUGCUUUUGGUUUCCCUCACGGCGCGGGAGCUGCUAGCAAAAGUUGCAACAGUGGUGCUUGCAGCAGUAGUGCCGUUAGCAACAGCUCAGCUGUGGUGCGACGCAUGGCCAGGUCAGAAAGCGGCCCGAUGGUGGAUGUACGGAUGAUUGACUUUGCCCAUACCACAUGUAGGCAUUAUGGGGAGGACAGUGUAGUCCAUGAAGGCCAAGAUAGUGGCUACAUCUUCGGUUUGGAGAACCUAAUCACCAUCAUUUCUGAAAUAGAGGACCACAGCUCAGAUUAAACCAUUACUCAGCUUGCAGUCACAGUCUGAACUUCCUAAUUCUUUCUAUCCCUUGAGAGAAGGACUCAGUAAAUAGACUCAAAGCUCAACCUGUUUAUUUGUUUUUGAUGGUGUCUUUUUGCCGAUUUUUUUUUUUGUGUGCAUAGAGGAUUAAAAAGGGUUGAGAAGCUAACACAUCACAUGACCUGUUUACUCAGUGAUUUGUAGCUUUGCUCACUACCCCAGUGAACUGUUACGAUGUUGAUGCUGUUCCUCUAUUUGUUUUAUUUAUUAAAAGGAAAAAACAUAAUGCAAAAGGUAUUUACUUAAUAAGGAACUGACUCUGAUCCGCUUAUUCCUUGAGAAGGUUCCGGAACGUGGAUUUGCUCUUGUUCCUGAGUGCUCCCUAUUGGAUGAGAAAGAACAGUAGGCGGAGAAAAGGAAGACUGUUAAUUACUGUAUCACUCUACAAGAAGGUCCCCUGCACCUUUUACCAUUGUGAAGAGAACUAUAUUCAGAUAGUUAGUUGAUAUACAGAGACUUUAAUAAAGCUUUAUUUAUUUGUCUAUAUGUUUCCUAAAUAAACUAAAAAAAAAAAAAAAGCAUUGACUACAUUCCAUGUUAUUAAUGUUACAGUAAUUAUAUUAAUACAUAUGUUUAAAUACCUCUCUUAUAUAUGUUGUACACAGUAUGUUUGAGGCAAAAUAAAACUCGUUUGCGUUA